CCCCCAGCAUGGCGGCGCCCGCAGCCCCACAGCCACGCCUGCCGCACGCAGCCCCGGCGCUCCUGCUCCUCCUCACCGCUCUCGCCACCAGCCUCGCCUGCCAACAGCUCUGGACACACGACGACGACACCUUCCCUGGCGACGCCCUGCGCCUCCUCCAGGACAUGGCCCCUGCCCACACACAGCCAUGCCACCUCCAAGAGCUGCCCUUCUUCCCCGAAACCCUCCCGCUCAACAAUCUCCACCCGCGCCAAGCCGCCGCCACCGCCCUACGCAUCCUCCAGCACCUCUUCCACACCCUCAGCACCAACAGCACCCGCCAGCACUGGCCCGCACAGCCUCGCAACGACCUCCUCAACAAACUCCAGCACCACAUCCACCGCCUCGAGCAAUGCCUCCCCGACAGCGUCCGCGCCUUCAAAGGACCACGCAACCCGCUGCUCACCAUCAACAAGUACUUCAGGGACAUCCAGCUCUUCCUCCACGCCCACAACCACAGCGCCUGCGCCUGGGACCACGUCCGCCUCGAAGCUCGCGCUGCUUUACAGCACCUCCACAGCCUCGCACGCACCAUGCGCCGCUAGC